AUGGCUACUUUGGGAGGCUACCUUAACAGUGAGCUCCGGCGCCCCUCGUUUCAACCCCGCAGACAACCCACGUAUGAAUUUCGACUGACGCUUUGGUGUGCUGCAGAAAAGGUGCUGAUUGUGACGGCGGACUCACGAAUCCUGGUGGGAGAGCUAGCAGCUUGUGAUCAGUCGACAAAUCUAGUCCUCAAAGGCGCCGUGGAGAGAAUCAUUCGAACGCCCGACGACCCAGAGCCGUCCGCCGAGGUCCCUCUGGGCCUAUAUCUCGUCCGAGGCGACAAUGUCUGCUCCGUUGGCCUGGUCGACGAAACGCUGGACGAAAGCAUCGACUGGACACAGGUGAAGGGCACAGUAAUAGGAGGCAUCAAACACAUUUAA